AUGCCUUCAACACCAGAGGAAUGGAAAAAUGUGAGCAACGAUUUUUGGAGAAUGUCGAAUUUCCCAAACUACCUUGGAGCCAUUGACGGCAAACAUAUUGAAAUACGGCAGCCGCCUGGUACUGGGUCCUAUUUUUAUAACUACAAAAGCACUUACAGUAUUAUUCUUAUGGCUAUAUGUAAUGCUAAUUCAAGUUUCAUCUAUGUAGAUGUUGGUGUAAAUGGACGGGUGUCUGACGGAGGUGCGUGGGCGAACACCAGUAUCAGUCAGCGUAUUGUCAAUCACACUGCCGGAUUGCCAGAGGAUGCCAAGCUACCUGGGAGCGAUAAAACCUUGCCAUUUGUCUUUUUGGCCGACGACGCUUUUCUUUUGCAACGUCAUAUAAUGAAGCCAUAUCCAUACCAGAAACAAACUACAAGCAAACGGAUAUUUUCGUAUCGACUCUCCAGAGGACGACGUACCGUGGAAAAUGGAUUUGGAAUGCUUGCAAAUAGAUUCCGAGUGUUCCUUGCACCAAUCAAUUUAGCCCCGGAAAAAGUUGACAUAAUGGUACUUGCAUGUACUGCUCUCCACAACAUUUUACGGAAAGAUGAAAUAAACCAGUAUUCACAACCCGAGGGGCGCUUGGAAACCGAGUGUCUCUGA